AUGAAUGAUUAUGAUGGAAACUUUAUGGAUGAUUUGUCCCCACUGUCCAGUCCUCGCAUAAGAGAGGCAUUAGCAAUGCUGGAUCAAAACGAAAAUGGUCUAAAUCCGAUCAGCAAGGCGUUCCCUCAAACCAACGUAUCACCUGAUCCUCAGUCUGAACAAAGAUCUGGUGGUCUCCGCAACAGAAUGGUAGGAUUUGAUAUUCCAUCGCUCGAGAUAGAGAGCAUCAGUCCAUUUGCUAAUUCGUUCAGGAACCCGAUUCUUGUUCCCUCUCCUAUCCUCGUAAUAUCUCCAGGAUUCAGUCUCUCUCCAUUUUUACAAUCUCCAAAUAUGUUGUCUAACUCUUCUUCACAGAUUAUCCCUCCGUGUCCAAUCCCUAAUGAUGCGCCUCCUGAGACGGUGGAAAGUUCUGGUGAUGCCCAUGCAACAAUGAUUAUAUCCAACAACAAUCUUCCUCAUCAGCCAAUCGACGUUGAUCUGCCUACACAAGGAGGCUCUGAUGAUAUUCCAAUGGAAAAAUCUGUUUAUAUCACAUCUCAUGAAUCUAAUGUUGAUCCCACUGGUCCUCCUUUAGUCCCUUCUUUUGAUUCUGAUGUUGUUGCUGAAGCUGAUUUUAUGAACACUAUCUCCCUUGAAAGUGGUAGCAAAGAUAAUGACAAGGACAGAGAAUACAACCAAGAGGAAGACAAAGUCAAAGAUCACAACGUUGUUAUAGAACCUCCAUCUCGAAAGAGAAAGUUCCAAGUCAACAUUGAGUAA